AUGCCGGCACCUCUUUUCAGGCGCUUCGUACCACCAACCCCGGCGACUGCAGAACAUUCGUCUGCGCCUGCAUCCUCGCCUGUGCCCGUGCAUGCGCCUAUUGGGCUUCCCGCCGAAGUUGCUGCGCCAAAGAAAGAAAAGAAAUCGAAGAAGAACACCAAGGCCGUAGAAGGUGUCGCAGCACCAACAGAUGCUCAGGAGGAUGUUGUCAUGGAGGACGUAACCCCUGGGCCACCAAAGGCGAUCAAGAAAUCGAAAAAGAGGAAGAGUGAAGUGAUUGAAGACCAAGAUGGGCAAGAUGAAGAAGUUUCCAAGAAACACAAGGCUGUUUUCUCGAAGUUCGAGAAGGCUUCAAAGUUGGCAGAACUUAGGAAAGACCAACAGGAGGCAGAUACUGAAGAGCCUGAAGAAGAGCUCCACGAUCUCGAGCCUAUGCCGCAGCCAGCGCUCGUUCCUGAACCUGAGUUCGCGCCAUCUUUCUCUACCCUGCCCUCAUGGCUCGCCCAGCCUAUUACGGUCGAUGCCUCCAAAACCACACCUUUCGAAGAGCUCGGCACACAGCCAUACUAUGUCAAAAGACUGGAGAAAUUAGGGUUCAAGAAUGCGCUUGCUGUGCAGACUGCAUUGCUGCCCAUGCUUCACAACGGCUUCGAGCAGCAUCUGGGCGACAUCUGCGUUUCUGCAAAGACGGGUUCAGGCAAGACUAUGGCGUAUCUUCUGCCAAUAAUCGAGGCUCUGAAAGACCAAGCGGCUCCAAUGCUAUCCGCCGUAGUUGUUGUUCCCAGCCGGCAGCUCGUCAACCAGGCUCUCCAGGUUGCCGAAGAGCUGUGCGCUGGGACAAAGAUAAAAGUGGGCACCGCACUGGGUAGUGUACCGCUGGCGACUGAGCAAAAGGACCUGGUCAAGAUGAGAGCCCAGUACAACCCAAUUAAAGCCAAGCAACUGCAUGCAGAAGCAUCCCAGCAGCUGGAAACUGGGUUUGUUGAGAAGAGCGGCAUACUUGAGGAUCUUAUGAGCAUGCCUCAAGACCAUAUUCCCCGUUAUGAUUCUGGUGUUGAUAUCCUUAUUUGCACUCCCGGGCGGCUCGUCGAGCACAUCGAACACACAACCGGCUUUCUUCUGAAGUCUGUGCGAUGGCUUGUCAUUGAUGAAGCAGAUCAGCUGCUCAAUCAGAACUUUCAAGGUUGGGCAAGCAUGCUGAUGAACGCGCUGCACAGCGACACACCGCCGGAUUUCAUGACUGCUCAGGAGCGGCUCAGAGAACGUGAGAACGGCUCUAUGUGGUCCCUUGCCCUGCCUGCUCGUAGGCAGCUCACCAAAAUCGUUCUUAGUGCUACGAUGGAAAAAGAUCUUACCAAACUCGGAACGCUAAAGCUAAGACGUCCGAAGCUCGUUGUUGUGCAGGAUGAGAAUACGGAAGACCGGCCCCUCCAGAGUGAGGAGAACUUGUUCGAGCUUCCUUCAACACUUGACGAGUAUGCAGCGCCUGUCAAUGACGGUGCCAACAAACCAUUGCACUUGCUGCAUGCUAUGCUCAACUAUGUUUUCGCUGGAGUUGAGUCUUCCAACAAUCCGGAUCCCUCAGGCUCGGACUCAGACUCUGAUUCGUCUUCUGGUGACGAGCCUAAACAUGACCAUGCGUCGAUCGCAGGUCACAUUAGCCGAGUACUGAUCUUCACGAAGAGCACCGAGAGCGCUUCUCGACUAUCACAUCUUCUUUCCGAGCUAGAGCCAUCGUUUAAGAAGUACAUGAAGACCAUGACUCGCGCCUCGACAGCAGAUGCAGCUCGGAGGCUGUUAAGAUCCUUCACGACCGGAGAUGUCAAAAUACUGAUAGCCUCUGAUGCUGCGUCGCGAGGACUCGAUAUCCCUAGUAUUACACACGUCAUCAACUACGACAUGCCCACCAGUAUCACAAGCUACGUCCAUCGUGUUGGACGCACUGCGCGUGCGGGCAAGUCAGGACAGGCGUUGACACUAUUCUCCAAGACUGAAGCCGCCUGGUUCUGGAAGCAGAUCGCUGCAGGCGAGAACAUCAGAAGAGGCGAUAAAAAGGUUAUUCGCAUGGACUGGAAGGAGAAGGAUGUCAUAGGCGAUGGCAAGAAGAAGGCUUAUCGCGCCGCUCUCAAGCAACUCGAAGGCGCUGUGAAAGGUAGCACGGAUACAGCGGAGUAG